CGUGUUCGAACGUUAUAAGGUGCACAUCUGGAGGAGCGUGUGCUAAAAAACGCGCGUUUUGCCGUCGAUAUUUCGUCGAAUUUUUCGUUUGCGUUUGCGAGUCUUGCCGCCGCGUUUUUCGUUGCGAGUGUUGCAAAAAAAAAAAAAAUAAAAAAAAAAAAAUAAAUAAAAGAAAAGCAUAAAGAGUGACAGAAUACAGCUGCAAUCCCUGAGAUACUUUUGGAUAUAUUGUACCUUCGGUUGGCCUAAUGUCGUUGCUGUUGUCGUUGUUUCCGGUGACUGUGAACAGACCUAAUCAAAACUGAGCUGUUAACUGUAUAAGCACAUCACUUGACUUCACAUUUGAUGUAGCUGGUAUAUAUCCUUUAGAAGACUGUUCCACGAGAGAGAGCGAGAGAGAGAGAGAGAGAGAGAGUUACUUUAAGACUAGGUCUUAUAGCGAUAUAGUCGAAUAGUCACUUAGCGAUAUGGCUGCCUACACACAAUUCGGAUACGGAGGCUUUCCGUCGGCCUCGCAGCUCCUGCCGCCAAGUGCCCAGCCGCCGGAGGACGCUUCCGCGAAUGUGAACGUGAAUGUGAAUGUGAACGAGGCGCUGGUGAUGACAAACGCCCCGGCGAUGAGCCCCGCGGGCGGUCCGGAUUGUCAGGGCAGCCAGCCGCCUGGAGGAGCUGGCGGAGAUGCCUCCUCGGGGGCGCUCAGUCCCAAUGCGCUUUCGCAGAACUCCAAUGCAGCAACGGUGGUUGGAGCAGGAUCCUCAGCGGGUGGAGGAGGGGGAGGUGGAGCGGAUCUGGCCACCGGUGGCUCCCUGGACGGCAAUGGUGUGGGCACGACGCCCACGGCCGGCGGUGCUGGUGGUGGUGGUGGUGGUGGAUCCUGCUGCGAGAACGGGCGGCCCAUAAUGACCGACCCGGUGUCGGGUCAGACGGUCUGCUCCUGCCAGUACGACUCCGCCCGCCUCGCCCUCUCCAGCUACUCCCGCCUGCCGGCGGCCAGCGUCGGCGUCUACGGUACGCCCUACCCCUCGACGGACCAAAAUCCCUACCAGAGCAUCGGAGUGGACAGCUCCGCCUUCUAUUCGCCGCUGAGCAAUCCGUACGGACUGAAGGACACGGGAGCGGGUCCGGAAAUGGGAGCUUGGACCUCGGCCGGUUUGCAGCCCACCACGGGCUAUUAUUCCUACGAUCCCAUGUCGGCCUACGGUUAUGGCGCUAGUUACGAUCUGGCGGCCCGACGCAAGAACGCCACGCGGGAAUCGACGGCCACGCUGAAGGCCUGGCUAAAUGAGCACAAGAAGAACCCUUAUCCCACCAAGGGCGAGAAGAUAAUGCUGGCCAUCAUCACCAAGAUGACCCUCACCCAGGUGUCCACCUGGUUCGCCAAUGCCCGUCGUCGGCUGAAGAAGGAGAACAAGAUGACCUGGGAGCCGAAGAACCGAACGGAUGACGACGAUGAUGCCAUGGUGUCCGAUGAUGAAAAGGAUAAAGAGGACUUGGAGCCGAGCAAGGGCAGCCAGAGUGGCAGUUUGGCCAAAGAUGAGACCAAAGAGGAGGAGGAUGCCAUAGACGAGGACCAAAAGUGCUUGGGUCAGGCGAACAUUCUGCGAGCUGGCUUUGGUUAUCCCUCUAGUGGAGCUGGUGGUUAUCCCGGUGGAGGUGGCUCCUCGAGUGGCCACCCCGGUGGCUACCAUCCUUAUCACCAUCAGCAUCCCGCUUACUAUCAAGCUGGUCAGCAGGGAAUGUUGCCUUUCCAUGGGGAGAGCUCCAAACUGCAGGGCGAACUUGGGGAUUCAAAAAACCAGCUAGGCCGGGAUUGUGGCGUGCCGAUUCCAGCUACCAAGCCGAAGAUCUGGAGUCUGGCCGACACAGUUGGCUGCAAGACCCCGCCCCCGGCCUACAUGGGUCACCAAUCGAUGCCGCUGCAACAGCAGCAACAGCAACAGCAACAGCAGCAACAGACGCAACAGCAAUAUCCGCCGCAGGAUGCAGGACGAGAGCAACAGCUGUUCAAUGGGGCCGCAGCUCCCUACCUGAGGCCCCACACCACGGCAUACGGGGGUUUUCUAGGGGCUACGACCCAGCAGCUGCAUACUACGAGCAGCAGUAUCCCCUACAGCAAUAUGCACCCGCAGCAGCAGCAGCCGCAGCAGCAGCAGCAGCAGCAGCAGUUGCAAGUGGGCGGUACCAUCCAUACUACGGCAAGUUCGAGCGGACCACUGCAGUUCCAACUGCAGCGGCAACAUCCGCAGCAGCAGCAACUGCAGCAGCAGCAGCUGCAACAAUCUCAGUCCACAGCGAAUCAGCGGGCGAUGGGGUUUCUCGAAGCCCAACCAGAUACUCCACCCCAAACUCCGCCGAAUAUGAAGGUGCUGAGCGGAGCUUUGAGUCUCCUGCCUACCGCUUCUCAAGCCCCUAUGACCGCUACCUGUCGCAGCAGUAAUGCCUUUGGCUUCUCCUCGAACUACCCCAUGAACUUCUCGGCCAGGAUUGGGGAGUACUCCCCGCGGGAUGACUACAGCAGCGGGAACAGCAGCAGCAGCAGCUCCUCGUCGCCGCAACUCCAGCGAAAUGAGGCCAUGUUCAAGCCGCUCUUCAAGAAGUUCACCAACUAAAUCGGACUGGAAAUAUAUAUAUAUAUAUAUUAUAUAUAGAAAAGUAUAUCUUUGGGAUCGUGCAAGAACCAGACGGAUUGUGUAAUAUUAACUGUAGCCGUGUAGCGCGUUAAGUAACUUCAAGUUUCAUUCAAGUUAUGCAUCGUAUCUAGAGUACCAGAUCAAAUGUUUCUCUUCAAACUGCAAUGUAAGCUUAGGCUAAAUACUAAAUACUAAACUAGCGCAAUAAGAUUGUAAACUGUGAUACGUUUUUCAUUGUCUAACAGACUUCACACUAAACACUUCGUCUAUAUGAACACAUAAUCUAAAUAAUUUUAACUCGUUUAAUAAAAUUCUUUAUAAUCAUGAAA